AUAGAGUAUGAAGGAAGUAAUGGGAGAGAAUCGAGUAGUGAGAGCGAGUUAGAUGAGGAAGAUAACGUCUACCAUGCCCUGAAAUACAAAGAGGUCAUGAUGCAAUGUGUCAUACAUGACUUGGAUUUGGGUGACCAGGUUGUGACUGUGCUGCAAGUUUUGUUAAUGCCCAGCACAUCAUUAUCACUGGCAACAGCAGAACCAACUUUGCUGUCUGUGAUUUCCUCACCAUAUAUCACAGUUAUUGGAUAUACACUUG